AUGGACGAUCUAAUUCUACCAUCUGUUGCGAUGGAGGACAGUAAUGCCUUGUUUGAGAGGCGUGAGAGGUGGAUGUACGAACCAAUCCCUGCGUCGGGAGGCGGAGGGGUCGAAAUCUCUCCACCAACGAGCAUACUCUUGCAUUACUCUAUUCUCUCAUCAGCCUCAUUCUUCCGAAGCUCGAAAGUUACCAUUGCCGAAAAGUUCGGAACUGCUAAGAAAGCCGCUGCCGCUUCCACUGCCGCUGCUGCCACGUGGAAGGUGGUUCUGGACAAGAAAUCCGAUCUUAGAUGUGAAAUUUCUUCGUCAUACCAAGACAAGAUUAAGAAGGGAAUAUAUGAGAGUCCAUCUUUAUUGAAGAAGUUAGUAAGCAACCGCGGUUACCGGCCGGCAAGAUGUAUUCCAAUUCAACCACCUCAUCAAAGAUGCUGGGUUCUCUGGGGUUCAGCCACUUUCUGUCAUGGCCCGUGUAAUAUUUAUGAAGAGUGGUGUGGUUCUCUUAUAUUGCUUGCAGGUGCUGGCUUCAUUGCAGUUGGGGGAAGUGAACUAAUUGUGGUUAGUCAAUUUGGGUGCUGCUGGAGCAGCAAAUCGUCUUCGCAUUUCUGUCUGACCGGACCGGAGCAAGAUUCAAUGGAUGUGGACGACGGUUACGCCGGGGUGGAGGAGGAUGAUUACUUCGAGGGAAGUAGGCCUAAUUGGAACAACUUCUUGCCACCCGCAUAUCCUCAGGGGAAUUAUCCCUCGUGUUCUGCUGUUUGCAUGUCGACGGCGGUUGCUGCUUCCAGAUCCUAUCAAGGAGUUGAACCCGUGGUGGAACUAUCUGCCUGGGAUUUAUUUAAACUUUCUGGUUGCCAAACUACCUCGUGGGACCACCUCUCUCUGUUGAUGGGCGCAUAUGGUUUGAUGCCGGAACAAUUCUGCCCCUAUCCCGGACGCCAAGUGAAUUCCCCGUGUUCUUAUCAAAGCACUCGGGGCUAUCGUCUAAGGGAGCUUCUCCCGUUACCUGACCACAUCUCCUACGAUGAAAGGCCGGAUUGUGAAGAAAUUUUCUUACACGAUUACGAGAUUGUACAGGACAAAGAAAUGAUGAAAGAUCUUCUCCAUAAGCAUCCUGGGGUUACCGUCUUAAAAUCUGACCAGAAUUUCAAAGAUUGGAAGGGAAAAGGGAAAGAAGACGUUAGAAGAACCAUCAUAGAACCAGCAGUGCAGCAGUCCUGUACCAGUGUUGUGGAUCAACUGGAUCCUCAAGAGAUGUUUCUUCAAGUAUUCAGAAAUGUUGCAGAGAAUGUGGGGAAUCGUCUUAAAAAGCAGCCUGUAAUCGUUGAACAUAUUGAGAAAACGUUUGACGGGAUUGGAAUUAGAAGGUUGUUAUCCAACAAAUCUGAUCUGGAUAAGAGUCUGGAGCAUGCUUUGAAAAGUGUUUCCAAAGAUCACCAUGGAAAAAUGUUAAAAGACCACCUACGUGUUGCGCUCGAUGCUUUGGCUCCCUUGUCUGGCCUGCCUCUUGUUGGUGAUGUCAAUGAGAUGGACCAAAUCAUAAAUGAUGAACUGAGAAUGCUGAAUGCGGCAGACGUGGAAUUGGUUAAAGAGGAAGAAUUCAAGAAGCUUUUGACUGCAGGACUGACAAGCAUCAUGUUGCGAUUGGAAGGCAAUCCAAUAUCCGUUUCCACAUAUUCUGUUUUGCCUGAACGCCAAAGCCUAAUUGCCUCUUCUUCCACAGUCCCGGAAGCUCCUGGUUCUUAA